AUGGAAAGGAAUCUUAAGAAUGUUUUGGUCAUUUCUUUCGGAUUUUUACUUCUCUUUACUGCUUACGGAGGACUCCAGAGUCUACAGAGCAGUCUCAACUCAGAAGAAGGCCUGGGCGUUGCUUCCCUAAGUGUUCUGUAUGCUGCACUCAUCUUAUCGUCCAUGUUCCUCCCUCCAAUCCUCAUCAAGAAGCUGGGUUGCAAGUGGACCAUUGCAAUCUCCAUGUGCUGCUACAUCGCCUUCUCCUUAGGGAACUUCUAUGCUAGCUGGUACACGCUAAUCCCUACCUCUGUGAUCCUGGGCUUAGGAGGAGCACCACUCUGGUCUGCCAAAUGCACUUACCUCACCAUUGCUGGCACUUCGUAUGCUGAGAAAGCAGGAAAAAAUGCAAAAGACAUUAUCAACCAGUACUUUGGGGUCUUCUUUCUGGUGUUUCAGUCUUCCGGCAUCUGGGGAAAUCUUAUCUCAUCCUUGAUACUCAGCCAAUCUUCCACCAAAGUGGAGAUCUCAGAAGAGGACCUGGAAUGCUGUGGAGCGUACAACUGCCUGACUGAUACCACUAACACCACUGGGUCAGCAAAACCCUCCAACUCCUUAAUCUACACACUGCUAGGGGUCUAUACUGCUAGUGGUGUGCUAGCUGUGUUGCUGGUUGUUAUAUUUCUGGACCAGAUCAAAUCUGACCAAGCAGAGACUGAGAAAGAAAAACUAGAGGCACCAUCCUUUUGGUCUACGUUCCUAGCAACUUUUCGGCAUCUUAAAGAUAAAAGACAGUGUCUUCUAAUCCCUCUGACAAUGUACAGUGGGUUUGAACAGGGAUUUCUUUCUGGUGACUACACAAAGGUAUAUGUGACCUGUGCCCUGGGAAUACAGUACGUUGGUUAUGUGAUGAUCUGCUUUGCAGCUGUAAAUUCCCUCUGCUCUCUGCUCUUUGGAAAGAUGUCCCAGUUCACGGGUAGAAAACUUCUAUUUGCAUUAGCCACAGUCACGAACAUAGCCUGUAUAAUAGCACUACUGCUGUGGAAACCUCAUCCCAAGCAGCUUGCUGUGUUUUUUGUGUUCCCUGCUCUUUGGGGCCUAUCUGAUGCUGUUUGGCAAACACAAACUAAUGGUCUCUAUGGCAUUUUAUUUGAGAAACACAAGGAGGCUGCCUUUGCAAAUUACCGUCUCUGGGAAUCACUUGGAUUUGUCAUUGCUUUUGGUUACAGCACCAAAUUGCAAGCCUACAUCAAAUUGUACAUUUUGCUGUCUGUGCUAGUGCUGUCCAUGGUGACAUAUGGAGCAGUGGAAUACCUUGAGGUUAAGAGCUCCCCUGGGACACCUACUGCCACAAAGAAGGAAAACGGAGGACCCUUCUCGCAGGAAACACCCAUGUAA